UGUUGUCACCAUCACGCGGCAUCUCUCUUUUACCAGGCACUUUCUUCUUCUUCUUCUUCUCCUUUCUCUACUCUCUACGCGCUCCCUCUCUUCCUCUCUAAAAACCUUACCCUCUGUAACGACGACGACGACAACGACAAGGAGAAUAGGCGAUGGUGUUGCGGUUGUGCUGCAGGCCGCUUGAGCGGUGCUUUGGGAGGCGUACUGGCGGAGGUGGUGGUGGUGGUGAUGGGCUGAUGUGGCAUACGGAUUUGAAACAGCACGCGUCUGGUGAUUAUUCGAUUGCUGUGGUUCAAGCUAACUCUAAUUUAGAGGAUCAGAGCCAAGUGUUUACGUCUCCUUCCACCACUUAUGUUGGGGUUUAUGAUGGUCAUGGUGGUCCUGAAGCUUCCAGAUUCGUUAACAAGCAUUUGUUCCCUUUCAUGCAUAAAUUUGCUGCAGAGCAAGGGGGAUUAUCGGUGGAUGUGAUAAAGAAGGCAUUUAAUGCGACCGAGGAAGAAUUUUGCCAUUUAGUGAAGCGAGCAUUCCCAAUGAAGCCGCAAAUUGCUUCGGUCGGAUCAUGUUGUCUAGUUGGAGCAAUCACAAAUGAUGUCUUAUAUGUUGCAAAUUUAGGGGACUCGAGAGCAGUUCUUGGACGGAGAGUUUGUGAGGAUAAGAAAAAACCAGUAGUAGCAGAGCGACUAUCAACAGAUCAUAAUGUUGCUGUUGAAGAGGUUAGGAAGGAAGUAGAGGCACUUCAUCCUGACGAUUCUCAUAUUGUGAUGUAUACUCACGGAGUUUGGAGAAUUAAGGGCAUAAUUCAGGUAUCAAGAUCUAUCGGUGAUGUUUAUUUGAAGAAACCUGAAUUUAACAGACACCCAGCGUUUCUGCCAUUUGGAAGCCCUAUUCCUUUAAAACGGCCUGUAAUGACAGCAGAACCCUCAAUACUCAUCAGAAAGCUCAGACCACAGGACUUGUUCCUGAUCUUUGCUUCAGAUGGUCUUUGGGAACAGUUGAGUGAUCAAGCAGUUGUAGAGAUUGUUUUCAAAUAUCCAAGAGCUGGGAUCGCUAAGAGAUUGGUGAGAGCUGCUCUUCAGGAGGUCGCAAAGAAAAGAGAAAUGAGAUAUGAUGAUAUAAAGAAAAUUGACAAGGGAAUAAGACGUCACUUUCAUGAUGAUAUCACUGUGAUAGUAAUUUAUCUUGAUCACCAGAAUGGCCCUGUAAAUGGUAGAUUGAAGCAGAAUGCCGUUGGCUGCACUACUGCUCCUGUUGACAUUUUCUCUCUAAAUGCAGACCAUGUAGAGGAGGAUUUGCUUCAGUCGAUUUCUUGAACAAGGGAAGGUUGAUACUGAAUUUUUCAGUUUUAGGUUAUACUUAAAGAGUUACAAAUAUGGGUUGCAAAUUGAUGCUGGACAUAAGAAUGAAUUUGUCGUUAUGUAGAUAAGUUGAUGGAUGGGUGAAUGCGGAUGGAAAUUGGGAUUUUUAAAAGAAAAGAAAAGAAAAAAAAAACUGCCUUAAACUUUU